UCUGCACCUCAAGAUUUCCAUACCAAAUUACUGAAUCAAAUUUUUUAAUCCAACCUUGAGCCCUUUUUGAGAAAAUGUUUCUUGAAGCAACUUCAGCUAUUUCUCUGCAGGGUUCUAAUCUUGGGCUCCUGCUAAAUUCAGCUAGUGCCAAUUCCUUUUCAACUCCAUCAUCUUGUAACUUGAGUUUAUUGUCCCGUUCUUCCUCUUUUUCAAGUCUUGCUUUGUCAAGAAAGCGCGAUAAUGGAUUCACGGGUUAUGCCUUGUCUGAAACAAAUAGUAUGCCUCUUACUGGUGUGGUGUUUCAGCCAUUUGAAGAGGUUAAGAAAGAUGAUUAUAUUGUCCCAAUAGUUCCCCAAGUUUCACUCGCUCGCCAGAGGUUCUCAGAAGAGUCUGAGGCUGCAAUUAAUGAGCAGAUCAACGUGGAGUACAAUGUGUCUUAUGUAUACCACUCCAUGUAUGCAUACUUUGAUAGGGACAAUAUUGCUUUGAAAGGCCUUGCCAAAUUUUUCAAGGAUUCAAGUGAAGAAGAAAGAGACCACGCUCAAAAGCUAAUGGAAUAUCAGAAUAUCCGAGGAGGGAGAGUGAAGUUGCAUUCUAUACUAAAUCCCCCUGCAGAGUUUGAACAUGUAGAGAAGGGUGAUGCGUUGUAUGCAAUGGAACUAGCGUUGUCCUUGGAGAAGUUAACAAAUGAGAAACUUCUGAACCUUCACAGUGUUGCUGAUAGUAACAAUGAUCCCCAGAUGACAUAUUUCAUAGAGACUGAAUUUUUGCAGGAGCAGGUAAACUUUAUGCUUCUUUUCUAUCUUGAUUUUGUUUACAAUUUGCACAACCUCCAUGUAUUUGUUGCACAUGGUAAUAGAUGCGUAGCUAUGAAACCAAAAUGAUAUUCCGUAAGAUAUAAAGUGCAAUUAACUUAAUCAAUGUUCGAUGAAGUUCAAUGUACAAAAAGCUAAGGAACAAGUAUUUUUGAUAAGAAAUACUUGGAUUUGAAGUAAUCAAAAACAAAUCAAAAUCUUAUUCUCAAUAUGUUUGGGAUUUAUUAACUGAAUCUUUUUUCGUGUCAUUGCUACGUCUAUUGAAAGCCAUAAAUGAGCAAGAUUGUUAACAACCAUAAUGGGCUAUGUUAAUUUUCAUCAUGUUCAAGUGAAAUCACUUUUAUGAACAAGAGCGUCUUUAUAUCUACACAAAACAUGUCCUAACCAUGCAAAUUCAGCCGCACAAGUCACGUGCAAUGGU